GUGACAUACAGUUAGCUGUUGAGAUAUAUUCUGCACCAGUUCGUGCAUUACAGGAAGUGAAGGGGCUUCACAGAAACCAAAAGAAAAAUUCUAAUCUAAAUAAAGACAUUGGCUUCAUGACUUCCUCUAUCUUAGUCGAUUACAGUCAUCACCCGUACAGCCGUCAGAACAGUUAUCACGAUGCCGACAACAUGGAUCUCUGAGAUGCUUGUUUUCAUUUCUGCCAAAAAUAACAUGGCGCUAUCCUAAGGCAAACCAUCAUGGAUCAUAACACAUCUUUGCCCAUCAUCAUGGAGAGCCAAGUCCCCCAAGUAUUUCGGACUGCUAGCCUAGUGUUUUACGGCAUUAUCUUCAUCAUAGGCACAGUGGUCAACCUGACCGCUCUCUGGGUCUUUGCCUUGACCACUAAAAGACGGAACUCCAUCACUGUUUACAUGAUCAAUGUCGCUUUAGUGGACUUGGUAUUUAUCUUACUUCUGCCCUUUCGAAUUGUCUACUACAGUCAAGACUACUGGCCCUUCGGGGACGUCUUCUGCAGGAUUAACGCCGCACUAACGGUGCUCUAUCCCUGCCUAGCCUUGUGGCUCUUCGCUCUCAUUAGCACAGAUCGCUAUGUGGCCAUAGUGCAGCCGCGACACACCAGAGAACUAAAAAGUGUUCGUAAAGCCUUGCUGUCCUGUGCAGGAGUCUGGAUCAUGACCCUAGGCAGCACAGCUCCGCUCGUCCUCCUGGAAGAAGACCCAGACCGUAUCUCAAACUAUACCACUUGCAUCAAGAUGCAUGACAUCAUCUACUUGCGCCGUGACAAUCCCGUCCAUUUCGCACGUAUCGUCUUCUUCUUCCUGGUGCCGGUGUGCAUCAUGGUGGGCUGUUACAUGAUCAUUGUAGAAAACCUAAUUCACGGCCGUACGUCCAAACUGAAGCCCAAAGUCAAGCAGAAGUCCAUCAGGAUCAUCAUCACACUGAUCAUUCAGGUGCUUGUGUGUUUUGUGCCUUUCCACAUCUGCUUUGUUUCCAUGCUGCUGGCCAGCAGUGGGCAGGGUUACAACACCUGGGGGACCUUCACAACCUUCCUGAUGAAUGCGAGCACAGUGCUGGACAUCAUACUCUUCUACAUUGUGUCCAAACAGUUUCAGGACCGUGUGAUCAGCGUGAUCUUGUACAGAAACUACCUGAGGAGCGUUCGCAGGAAGAGCCGUCAUACCAACAGUAUUCGCUCAAUCAGCAACCUGACCAGUGCCAUGAUCUGAACAAUAACACAGCUGAUGAAAACCAUCUAAACUGAAUGUAAACAUGUAGAUGUUUGUAACUAAGUUACAGAACAAGAUUUAAAUUACAGAACAAGAAGAACGAUUAUCAAUGCAUGAAUCAAACUCAAUUAUGUUUUCCAAACAGAAACAACCCAUACUGAAUAUUGAAACUGCUCACAGUAACAGUAACUUCUUGUCUACAGUUAAUUCACAUGAGACAAAUCACAUGUGCACCAGUAACUUCAUUGGUAGUCGCUCCAUUGAAUCACUUCUCAUUUGCAUAAAGUUCAACUUUUUUUAGUUUUGCUGCCGAAUAUGCAUCACCUCCCAUCGCUAAUUUACUUGUGCUGCAAAUCGCUGUAUGUGUGAACACACCCUAAGACAAACUGUUUGUUUGAGUUGUUGUGUUUUUUAUGCUGCAAGUGUGUCUGUUGUUUUAAAAGAGUUUGCAAAACUUUCUUUGCAAUCUUAGCAAAAUCUGUGCAAAACAUGUUAGUCUCUUGCAAAGCAUGCUUUUCAUCUUACCUAGUAUGAUCUUCAAAAACAGUGAAUGUCUUUCAUGAGGUUAGUUCAUAAGGAGUGCAUACUAGGAUAUUUGGUCCUUACAGAAGUGUAAAACGAGAUACUACCUUUCAUAGUGGGAUGUAGUGCACAUUAAAUUUCCCAAAAAGGGAAAAAGUAAUUAAAUUACAUAGCAGCACUUUAUUUUUAAUAAUGUAGUUAAUUAUAAUGAAAAAAAGAAGUAAUGAUUAAUCAAAUAUAUGUGAUUAAAAUACUAAUUCAAAACAUUCUGCACCAUUUUUUUUAACAAAAGCUGAUCACAUUGAAACCAAACUGAAAUAGGCCUUUGGUAUUAUAUUAAACUUGACCUGUAGUACAGUGGUUCCCAACCACGUUCCUGGAGUAUCCUCAAACCUAUUACAUUUUGCAUGCCUCCUUAAUCAAACACACCUUAAUCAACUCAUCAGCUCAUUAGUAGAGACCUGAAAUGGGCGUGUCAUACAAAGGAGACGUGCAAAAUGUGCAGUGUUGAGGGCACUCAGGAACGUGGUUGGGAACCACUCCUGUAGUAUAUAAGGCGCCAGCAGGUGACGCUACUGACCAGGGCACAUUUAUGCUACUCUCACAGUGCUUUGCCUCAAUAUCACCAUCAGGUGGUGUCAUGUAAUAUAAACAAAUUACUUGAAAGUGGCAUUACAUCUACUUGUAGUUUUAGAUUGUGAUGUUUUCAGUUAAUAUUUUCUCUUUGUGUUCCAUAACUUUCCAUAAAAUAUGUGACUGCUGUCUAAUGGACAGAUUUAUUCUUUGAGAAGCUGACAUCCUGUGGUGACACAUGCUAUAUUCCAGCUAAAACUGUUUUCUCAUUCUGUUGUAAUUAUUAUUCAUGUUUGAAGCUUUUGUGACCUUAUAUUAAUUGAGAGACUGUAUGGAAUAUUUGCCAUUUUAAAGUGCAUGUCAUGCAGUACCAUUUAUAAUAAAAAAGUGAAGACCACCCUCCA